AUGCCUGGAAGUCAAAAUAUUAACGAUUUGAUGGAUAUAUCCCCGUCAUUAUUUACUGACCCUUCUUCCCAAGCCGAAGAACAAGUGGGAACCACAAAUCAGAAAGUUAUUAGGAGCUAUUUUGCUUUUGGAAAAAAGCUUAAGGAAAG